AUGAGUAUUCUUCUGAUUCUUCACAAUUACAAAAGACACACUAGAAAAAUUUGUUUCACAAAAACAUAUGUAACAACAAAGAAGAAACAUGGAACAAAUGAAACGACUUUCAAAGUGAGGAGAUCAUUUAACCCAAAAGACAAAUACACGCAUGCAUAGAUUUUUUGAUAAGCUUCAACUUCAGCAGACUCGCGACAAAAAUGUUUGUAUGUCAGGUUGUGUAUGUCGGGCUUCUUCUUCUUCUUUUUUGUUUACCUUCAUUACUUCUAGUUUUUUUUCUUCUUUCUCUUUCUUCUUGCGUUUUUUCACCGCCGCGUGAUUUUUGUGCGCGUUAUGCCGUUUUUUUGACGCAUGGAACAUAUUGGUAUAUUUAGCGAUUGUGAUUCGAGAAGAGAUAUGCACUUUUGUUGAAGAUGAGCGGGGAGAGAAAUAAGGAAUGACAACAGUAUGUACAAAGUAGAUCGUAGUGUGUAGGGAAAAAAAGGAGCAAAGACUAAUCUGGAAUUAAGUUUUGAAAGGAUUUGAGAUUCAAUUUUUGAAAGUAGAUCAAAUGUUUUGCUCAAAAUCUCUAACUUUUUUUGUCAAAUUAAACAAUUUGCGUUUGGAACUUCAGAGUCUCAAAAGGUGCGAAAAAAUGAUCCAAGUUGGCUCAUUGACCGGAAAAUGACUAGAACCUGAGCUCAACAAACGUUGGUCAAAUAAAAUAUUUAAAAAAAAAUUCACAAUACAAAAAAUUGAAAACUUGAGGUUAAAUCGAAAAUGCAACUUUCAAAAGUCAUUAAACAGGUAAACCUAACAUUUGUGAAAGAAUAAAACCCAGCCAGCACAAUUAUAAACAAUUGGCAAGAAUUACGGUGAAAAAAGUAAUGGCGCGCGCAUGCGAAAAACGAAGAAGAAGAAGAAAAAAAUAGUUUCAAAAUGACAAUAGUCUUAUUGGCGAUUUACGGUGAAAACUUUGAUCUAAAACAAUGGCGAGACGUGCAAAAUAAACAGAACACAUAUGAAAUUAUGAGAAAAUGAGGAAAAAAAUAGUUCCGCCAUUUAUAGUAAAGCAUGUUCUUGAAGCGUGUGCUUUUUUCAAGAAUCACCAGAGUAGAGAAUCAUAAACCAGAAAAAAAUAUUAAAAAUAUACUACAUGUUGCCUUUUUUUAGAAAGGUUCAAAAAACCGGGUAUUGAAUUACAUUUUCGCACGUGUAUUUUUAGUGUUUUCUGGGAUGUCGAAAUUUUUAAGGUAAGAACAUAGUAGUAGUAUGCCAAAAAGUAGUUCGAAAAGUGUUGAGCAAAUAUCUUACUAAUGAAAACAUCAGCGGCAAUAAUUUUUUGUUUAGAACAAAAAAAAAAGAGAAAAGAAAGUGAAAAAAACCAUUUUGAGAUCACGUUUACCCAAACAUGUUAGAAAAGGAAAAACCUUCAAUGAAUAAAUUAAAAUAUGUAGAAAUUGAAGGGUGAAGAAAAAGUCACAUAAAAAUCAACCGGUUAAUUUUUGCCUGUAAACGCGUGUAAACAUAUAUACAAACAUAUCGAAAAUGACAUCCAUGUUGUAGUAUAUUUACUUCUCCACCUCUUCCCAUUCUUUUUUUUUUUGCCUCCUUCAACUUUUUGCUCCUCUCUGAUCUGUGCGCGGUCGCGCGCGCACACCCGCAACUAAUUUUUUUCCUCUUCUGCAUGCAUGCUGUAUAUUUAUUAUAAUAUAAGUUGGAAAUAGUAAACGAUUCCGGUUUUCAACUGUUAUAAGACGAAUUCGAGUACUUCUUGCUUGUUCAAAUUUUGGCGUGUCUGUUUGUUUGUUUGUAAAACCAAAAUGUGAUGAUUGACAAACUGUCAGAGGUGAAACUGAAGGAGAGCAAAAAAUUGUGUUCAAGAUGUUCGGUUAUAAUUUUGAAGUACAUUGUUUUAUCAGAAACUACAUUGCUUUAUCACAAACUAGUUCUGAACUUUUUGUGAUCUGAAAAAAAUGAUGACUUUAUGGUUGUGAUUUUUUGAAAUGGGGGUAUUUUAAAAAUUACAAAAUUGUAAUAAUAUAAUUGGAAAACAAUACCCAAGUCUUUACUUCCUCAUUUAAAAAAAACUACAAUUCUCCAACACUGAUAAUUUUCAUUUUUCCAGGACAAGAUCGGUAUGGUGUUAUGACUCGUGUCUACUACAAAGAUGCACAUGCUGCAAUUAUUGUUUUGGAUUCAACCAGGUAGAGAAAAAGACUAAAUUUCAAGGAAAAAAGUAUUGUUUCCAGAGAAAGAACAAUUGAAGGCGCUUUGAGAUGGAAAUCAGAUUUGGAUCAAAAAGUCACUCUUGCUGAUGGUUCACCAGUUCCAGCUAUUCUUCUAGCCAACAAGGUUUUUAUUUAUUUUCGUUCAAAUGUGUCUUCGAAACAAAUUGUUAUUUUUCAGUGUGACGUGGAUAGUCAAUUCACCGAUGAGAAGAUGUAUGAAUUGGAGAGUGCUAAUGGAUUUGUCGGAUCUUUCAAAAGUUCAGCAAAAGAAAAUGUUGGAAUUGAUGAUGCAUUCAAGUGUUUGGCGCACACGGUAACUAUUUCUAUUUUCUGUUGAAAUGAAAGCAUUUCAAUAAUUAUUCCAGAUUAUCUCAACUGAACAAGGAGGACAAUACGAGAUCCCGUAUCUCAGUAGGGAAGGAAAUGUCAAUCUUGAUGAGCAACCACAUCGUCGACAUGAUUCAAGAAAUUGUUGUUAA